GUCCUCUAGCCGGCAUAAACGGUAAGGGUUUGGUGACAUUGAAUUUUGCGAAAGUAAUCCAUUGUACUUCUACUGUUUAAAUCUAACAUCGAAGAACGGUGUUGAAAAGAGCUAAACCGCAAGAGAACAAGAUGUUUUCCUGCUCAAGAAUCGCCACACCAACUGUCAGAUGCGUGGUUGCAAACAGCAGCCGCGCUUGGGCUAGACCGAUGAGCAGUGUAGUAUCACAGAAACAAGAGGUUUCACAACAGCGACCAGCAGGUAACAUUGCUGCAUGGAAUGGUCUCAAUGGAGUAAACUGGGCUCCAUCCACCCCUAGUGUAUUAAAUCAGAUCCGAUCACUUCAAACUAGUGCUACAAGAAAAGAUAUUGACACAGCUGCUAAAUAUAUCGGAGCUGGAGCAGCCACUGCUGGAUGUGCAGGAUCAGGAGCUGGUAUUGGAACAGUGUUUGGAAGUUUAAUCAUCGGGUUUGCAAGGAACCCUUCACUGAAGGGUGAUCUCUUCACCUAUGCCCUGCUGGGAUUCGCUCUGUCUGAAGCUAUGGGUCUCUUCUGCUUGAUGAUGGGUUUCCUACUUCUGUUUGCAUUUUAAGUUGUGGAGAAAAACUGACAGAGUGUUUGUUUGUAGACUGAUGUAAAUGUACUACCAGAUCAACAAGUGUGAUUGUGAGUCAUCUUCAGGGCCUGUAUGUCAAAGCUCACAUCAAUCAAGACCAAACCACAUAGUGGUACCAUGAAGUUCUUUUAUAUAAAAAAAAAUGAUUUUUAAAAAAGUGUAAAAGCUGACGGUCAACAAAUAACAAAGAACUGUAAAAAUGACUUUCUGGAUGAGCUGUUGUGUCCUUGAUUGAAGUUGUACAGAAGAUAAUAUUGAAUGCAGACUGUGUUUUUUAUAUGCAGUUUAAAUAAAUAUUAUCUAGUAUAGGAAGGUCUGGAUUUAGCGGUGUUUUUUUGUGAGAGGAAGUGGGUAUAACAUUUAAUCCCUAGUAUAGUGCUAAACAUGUUUUGACCAGUUGACAGAUCAUAUAAAAAUAAUGUUAAAACAAGUCUUUCCUUGUUUUCUUUUGAAAUUGUUGGGAUGAUGGCAUAAAUUAUAUAUAUUUAACACUGAUAAACGUUGGGAAUGCAUGAU